AUGUAUUGCCUGCGUCAUUCGUCGUGUUCCUCAGUGAAUUACAAGAUUGGCGGAGACGCCAAAGGUCGGUGCGAACUCAACCGAAAAACGACGAAAACGAGGAAUGAAAAAGCGCAUAACCCCGAAUACAUCUAUCUUGAAAAGGUGAGGACAGGACAUGAAGUAAUGCCUUCAGAAGCGAAGCAUAUUUAUCCCCCAUCUUGCAAAGAACUACUUCACAAGAAUACAUCAUUGCCUAAUGGUGUCUACACUCUACAGCAAAAUAUCUCUUCGUCACCAUAUAAGGUAUAUUGUCAUAUGAAAUAUAUCCCAGGAUGCGGAGGUGCAGGUUGGACACUAGUGAUGAAGCUCGACGGAAAGAUGGAAACAUUUAAAUAUAGUUCUUCCUUUUGGACGAACAACGAGACAUACGCGAUACAAGAUGGUUUGGAAGGACUGACUGAGAAAGAAAGCAAGUUGGCUUCGUACUGGAAUACACCGUUCACAAAGAUAUGCCUGGGUAUGUCUUAUAACGGAGACAGAGAAUGGAUGAGCUUCGACUACACCGCAAGUUCGCUGUACGGCGCGAUCGCAGACGGCCAAUUCAGGGCAACCACCGCCGGCAGAGCUGCAUGGAAAUCUCUGAUCGCAGAGUCCUCGCUACAGUUGAACUGCAACGAAGAAGGGUUUAAUGUACUUUUAAGAAUGCGAAUUGGAAUCUUCGCCAAUAACGAAAACGAAUGUUAUUCGUGUGAUUCUUGGCUCGGCUUUGGAACACAGGUCACUGGAAAGACUUGUGGAAAUUUUGCUGUCCACUCACCCGAUAACGGUUAUAAAGAUUUAGCGACAUUUGGAUAUAUUCUGGUUCAACCAUGA